AUGUCAUUAAUCCAAAUUUUAGUUAUUGCUUACGUUGUGAAAUUAUUAAAUUUUGCCCUUUGCUGUAUGAUGCUCCAUGCCUCUAAAGACUACUUUCUUUAUUUCGCUUAUGGCAGUAAUUUGUUAAAAAGGAGAAUACAUAUAAAUAACCCCUCUGCGGUAUUUUUAGGCGUUGGACGUCUUGACAAAUACAAACUAGAUUUCGUUCCGGGACCGUACGUAAAGUUAUGGGGAGGAGCAGUGGCUACCAUAGUGCCCAAUGACAAAGAACAUGUUUGGGGAGCUGUUUGGAGAAUGCAGAGCGAUGCUCUUGUUACAUUAGAUAAGCAAGAAGGAGUCGAGAUCAAGCAAUACUUUGCAAAGACCGUGGACGUGCAUAUUGACAAUGGGAAAAAGGCCAAAUGUCGGACUUAUCAACACUUAACUACCCCUCCAAUCCUCGACUCGUUGACAGCUCUUCCUGAAGACAGAAGACCAUCGAUCACAUACAAAAAAUGUAUUAUCAAUGGCGCUAUUGAAUGCAGUAUACCAGAAGAAUAUAUUGCUAAGUUAAAACACAUACCUGAUAACGGAAACUACGCCAGUGACGAGAUCAGAAAGCGAUUAAAAUUUUAGUAAACUAAUGUAAAUUCAUCCAAGUAUUUAAGUUAUUGAGAGAUCAAUGUUGUGCUCUUUUUGAAAUUAUUAUUGUUUUGCAAGUAUGCAAAAUAA